CCUCAUUGUAUCGCAUACAGCGGCAAUCCCGUCUUAGCUAUGUCCUACUGCUAUCUAAUCCAAGGAAAAUGUCUGACACUGCAAAAUGAUCUUCCUUACGAAAUGCAAUACGUUUGCGAACUCGACUGCAAGCCCGUCUGUAUAUCGCCUUGCCCACCAUGCAAAGUUUCCUGUGAUACCUGUGAAAUGCCUUGUCCGCCGAUAGCCGAAUGCCCCACUUAUUCAAAUACGAAGUCCUGUGACCGUCAAGCGCAAUCCUAUCCACCUGCCCAACCUGCAUCGCAAUGUCAACCCUGUUCACCUAAUUCAGAAACGAUGUACCAGGGAGCAAUGUGUCAACCAAAUGUCCAAAGAAACGAAUUGAACCCGCGCGCCUGACAAUACGUCAAGUUACGAGAUAUUCAUGUGAUACGAAGAUUUAUGAGCACCAUUCCUUGUAUGGCGAGUCAUUAAUCUCACCAUCAAUCGAAGUUUUACUAUCGUUUUAUUUACUUUGCAGUACUAUGUUUUUUGAUAUAAUAUAUAUUUAAUAAUAAAAAAUA